AAAAAGAAAAAAAAAAAAAAGGGAAAAAAGGAAAAAACAUUUUAACGAUUAACAACAAAAAUAAAAAACACCAACUUGGCAACUAUUUUGAGGAAACCUCAUUUUCACGAGUCACUUUUUUGACCUAUCCGUAAGAAAGUACCUUAUCUUUUUAAUCCAACCCUCCGCAAAAUGCCCCCUAAGGAGAGAAAAACAAAGGAGCAAAUCGCGGCUGCCGCAGCAGCAUCGGGAAGAAGCAAGAAAAAGAAAUGGGGAAAGGGAAAGAACAAGGAAAAACUGAACCACGCCGUGUUCAUCGACAAAGCCCUGCAGUCAAAAAUUUUGGAGAGUAAAAACAUGAAGGUCAUCACCCCUUCCACCAUUUCAGAAAAAUAUAAAGUUAAUUUAAGUGUCGCCAGAUCGGUCAUUAAAUAUUUAGCGGAGCAGAAUUUAAUUAAGGAGGUUUGUAUUCAGAGCCACAGUCAGAAAUUGUACACCAAGGUUGCCUAGGAGGGGAGGUCCUUCAACCGGUAGUUGCAUAACCGGUAGUUGCAUAACCGGUAGUUGCUUAACCUGCUUGCUGCCUCAUCCCUGUGUGUGCAUGUAUGUGCGCAUAUACUUACUAAGGGUGAACAGGUGCCCUUCACAACGGUACAACUUUUUUUUUCUUUUUUUUUUUCCCUCAUGUAACUUUCCCAUCAUGUUAUUUAUCCUGCUACACUCGUGACUCUUACCAAAGGGAAGGAACACCCCCUAAAAGGGAAAAUACCCCACAUGAUAAGACGUAGUAAAA